UUUUUUUUUCUUUUUUCUUUUUCUUUUUCAAUCUUUAUACCAAACAUGUCUGAACUUACUUAUACUCCUGUGAAAGAUAUCCCUGAUAUUGUAAAUUCUUUAAGAAAAACCUUCAAUACAGGUCUUACUAAGGACUUGGAAUUCCGUAAACAACAACUUGCCAACUUGCUUCGAUUUAUGAAUGAAAAGAAGGAAGACUUGAUGGAUGCUUUAUAUAAAGAUUUACAUAAACACAGAAUGGAAAGUAAUGUUGGUGAGAUCUCCAGUAUUGUUGAUGAAUGUCAAUAUAUGAUCAAGAAUGUUCAUCGACUAUCCAAACCAACCACUACCAAUAAACGAUUCAAAAUGAAUGCUCUCGAUAAAACCAUCAUUCGCAAAGAACCUAAAGGUGUUGUCCUUGUUAUUGGUGCCUGGAAUUAUCCUGUCAAUUUAUUGUUGAUGCCUGUGGUUGGUGCUAUUGCUGCUGGUAACUGUGUCCUCCUCAAGCCUUCUGAAGUUUCCGCUAAUACUGCUGCUGUGAUCACUAAAUACUUGCCUGAUUACCUUGACAAGCGUGCUUUCUCUUUCGUCAAUGGUGGAGUAGAAGAAACAACGGUUGUUCUUGAAAACAAAUUUGAUCAUAUCUUUUAUACUGGAAAUGGUGUUGUUGGAAAGAUUGUGAUGAAAGCUGCUGCUAACUAUUUGACUCCUGUAACUCUUGAACUUGGUGGUAAAUCUCCUGCUAUUGUGGCACCAGAUGCUGAUUUGGAUGUAACUGCAAAUCGAUUGAUUUGGGGUAAAUUCUUCAAUAAUGGUCAGACUUGUGUGGCACCUGAUUAUGUUUUGGUUACCAAAGACAUGCAAGAAAAGUUAAUUGUUGCUAUACGACGUACAUUAUUGAAAUAUUACACCGCCAACCCUCAAAAAUGUGAAUCUUAUGGUCGUAUUGUCAGCACACGACAAUUCGAUCGUCUCAAGGGACUUUUGGAUCACUAUGAUGAAACUCAAAUCGCUAUUGGUGGCAAAUCAGACCGUGAUGAUUUGUAUAUGGAACCUACUGUCCUCAAAUCGAUCUCCUAUAAAGAUGAACAUAUCAUGCAACAAGAAAUUUUUGGUCCUAUUUUACCUAUUAUUCCUGUAGAUAAUAUGGAACAAGCUAUUCAAAUCAUUAACACAAGAGAUCAUCCUUUGGCCAUGUAUAUCUUUGCAAAGAGCCCUGCUAUUUACAACAACAUCUUAAACAAGACAAACUCUGGAGGUGCUGUAGUCAAUGAUACUUUGAUGCAUUUACAAGAAUUAUCUUUACCUUUUGGUGGGGUGGGUGCUUCUGGAAUGGGUUCUUAUCAUGGUGACAAAUCCUUUGAUACUUUUGUACAUGAACGUUCCACUAUGAUCAAGACCACUGGUUUCGAAAGCGUUUUGGCUGCCCGCUACCCUCCCUAUACUGAUGAUAAAGAUACCAUGCUUUCCUUCCUUAUUUAUGGUUUGCCCUCUACUGCUUCUGCCAAAUUCAAGACCUUGAUGACUGUUUGGUCAGCCACUUGGAAUAUUAUCUUCAAGAAAAACAGCAAGCUUUGAACAACUAUUUAUCUUUACCAAUCAAAUAAUUAUGAUGUAGAGUCAGUUUACUUCCUUCUCUUCAUUAUUUUUUUUUAACCACAAGCCUCUCUUUCGUGAUUCUUUUGUUCCAAUAUCCUCUCUUUUAAUGUAUGUUAUUUAUUAUCUUUUUUUCCAAAUAUAUUAUUACCUUUCUAUCAUUAUUUUAUUAUUAUUACCAUUGUUAUUUUGAUUUAUUCCUUUUUUUUUUCUCUCUCUCCUUUCUUUUAAUCAUUAUAAUAGCUUUUGCUAUUGUAUAUUAAUAAAAAUUUAUCCUUUUUACAAAGUUA